AGGUAAAAACGAGUGGGGUGCACGGUGGGUGGGGAGAGCUCGCGCAGCUGCGUCCUGAGGAUGAGUCCUGGACUAACUGGGCUCUAGAGUCUGGAUCGAAGGAUGGGAGAGAUAGACGUGAUGUAGAAGGGUUUGGCAACUGAAACCCAGGGACCCUUUUCUUGGGCAGCCCCCUUUCCUCUUUGCCCGCACUCCUCCCAAGACUCCCCCCAGCGACCUCCGCCUACGGCCAGAGUGCCAACCCAUAACUACUAGCCGGAUCAAUGGUGCCACCUAGUGGAUAGUAUCGGAGCGGCCCACGGUGACUGCGGCGGGGACCCCAGCCUCGAGGAGGUGCUAUUUGGAGGGUUGGGGUGGGGCUUCAGCACCAUCGUGGGCCGGACAGCGCCUCCCACCCUCGAAAGCGGGCUUCGGAACCCCUCGGACAGGACCCAGGGCCUGGCCCGGAAGAGACUCCGAAUUUCUCUGGACCGCUGUAGUUUACAAAGCUGGAAUUCGGGAACUGCCGCUUUCCAUUCUCUAAGCACUCUUCUUGGUCGGACGGUGGUGUGGAUUAUGCAGCCCAGGGCUACAGAGAGAAGUGUCACACAUUUGACUGUUCAUGCCACACUCCCAGAUGCCGGUUUGAGGUUUCACUAGAUAGGGGUCCCGAAGCGGGCUUGGGACAGGACAGAGGAGCUCCUCUACAUACAAGAACCUGCAAGCUAAACUCAGUUCCCGGAAUCGGGGCACACGUAUGUGGGCAGGCAUUAGGACCCAAGAGAGCCAGGCAGGCGGAAAGCCAGUGGGGGAGGAGCCGGCGCUAAGGCCCCGCAGAGUUCCGGCGGGGGGCGGGGCACACGAGGCGCGCGCAGGCGCAGACUGCGGGCAGAUGGAGCCGGAGCCUGAGCCGGAGCCUGCGGCCGUGGAGGUCCCCCCCGGGCGCGUGCUCAGCGCCCCGGAGCUCCUCGCCGCCCGCUCGCGGUCCCAGAAGCUGCCCCAGCGGUCGCACGGCCCCAAGGACUUCCUCCCCGAUGGCUCGGCGGCCCAGGCCGAGCGGCUGCGCCAGUGCCGCGAGGAGCUCUGGCAGCUGCUGGCCGAGGAGCGCGUGGAGCGCCUGGGCAGCUUGGUGGCCGCGGAGUGGAGACCGGAGGAGGGCUUCGUGGAGCUGAAGUCUCCUGCGGGUAAAUUCUGGCACACCAUGGGCUUCUCGGAGCAGGGCCGGCAGCUGCUUCACCCUGAAGAGGCCUUGUAUCUGCUGGAGUGUGGCUCUAUUCAGCUUUUUUACCAAGACCUGCCGCUGUCUAUCCAAGAGGCUUACCAGCUGCUGCUCACCGGGGACACUGUGAAUUUCCUACAGUACCAGGUCUUCAGCCACCUGAAGAGGCUGGGCUAUGUGGUUCGACGAUUCCAACCAAGCUCUGUCCUGUCCCCUUAUGAGAGGCAGCUCAACUUAGAUGGCUAUGCCCAGCACCUAGAGGAUGGGACUGGCAAGAGGAAGAGGAGCACCAGCUCUCGUCAGGAACAGACUGCUGCUUUCCCUCCCAUGUCUCUCAGCCCUGUUAAUAAGAAGGCCAAGGGCCUGGAGGAUUCCCUGCUACCCAUGAACCUGGCAGCCUCCAGCCCACCUGCCAGCAUCCAGAACAGCCAGUGCCCAGAGGAGAAGCCCCAGGAGUCAAGCUACGUGAAGGACCUGGAGGUCCCGUUUCAGCUUCUGGGAUCCCUGGAGCCCUGCUCUGGUUUGGCCAGGGAGGGCCGGGGGUGUGGCCAGGAGAGUGUCAAAGCAGAGAAUGGAGUCAAGGGGGCUGGUAAGCUACGCUGGAACUUCGAGCAGAUCUCCUUCCCCAACAUGGCUUCAGAUAGCCGCCACACCCUCCUGGCUGCACCAGCCCCAGAGCUGCUCCCCGCCAACGUUGCUGGGCGGGAGACAGACGCUGAGUCCUGGUGCCAGAAGCUGAACCAGCGAAAAGAGAAGCUUUCCCGACGGGAGCAAGAACAGCAAGCAGAGGCCCGGCAAUUCCGCGGGGACGUAAAUGCAGAUCCUGAGGUGCAGCACUGCUCUAACUGGCGGGAAUACAAGGAGCUGCUGCAUAGGCGACACCUGCAGAAGAACCACAGCUGUCUCCUACACCUGUGGGGUCAGCCCGUCACCCCCUUGCUGAGCCCUGGCCAGGCAGACUCCCCAGCUGCAGUCCUUCAGCAUAUCUCCGUGCUGCAGACGACGCACCUUGCUGAUGGUGCGGCUGGGCUGCUGGAGAAGCCUGGAGGCUUGGAGAUCAGCUUUGAUGUUUACCAGGCUGACUCUGUGGCCAUGUUCCGAAAGAAUAGCCCCGGCAAGCCCCACGCCCGGAUGUGCAUUAGUGGAUUUGAUGAGCCUGUCCCAGACCUCUGCAGCCUCAAGCGGUUGACCUUCCAGAGUGGGGAUGUCCCUCUGAUCUUUGCCCUGAUGGAUCACGGCGACAUCUCCUUCUACAGUUUCAGGGACUUCACGCUGCCCAAGGAUCUGGAGCACUGACAACAGGGGGUGGGGCUGGAGCCUGUUGUGGGGGACAUAGGCUGUCUGUUCUCAGGGACUGUCCCAGCUGCCCUUGUGCCCCAACUCUGACUGAGGCAGUAGGGGCCAGUUUGGGCCUUGGCCCUGAUGUCUGAUUCUUGGAAGAGUGUGACGCCAUGCCCCGCCCCCUUGCCUUGCCUGCAGGGCUUUCUAGCCUCAAGCUUCAGAGUGCUGCCUUGCAUUGAUGCCCUUGGAGCUCAGGACUGGUUUUCAGAGGCCCAGGAAAUGGGGCAGAGGAGGACUCUGUGCCUUUAAUAAGAGGGUGCCUGCUUCAUUCCAUAAAGCCAAAGCCAUUAAAAAUCGAUUUCUUUUCUACCAUG